UCCAUUGCUUGUUGCAGUGAAGCUCGAAAACUUCACAAGCAUCAUCAUAACAGAAACAACAAUGACUAACUAUAAUGAAGAAGUGGCCACUCCUCUUGGGGAAGGAUUUGUUCAGGUUAGGGGAACUCCGUUUGACCUCAAUGGUUCCCCUUUCCUCUUCAAUGGCUUCAACUCCUAUUGGAUGAUGAAUGUUGCCACCGAGCCUGCUGAUCGCAACAAGGUCUCUGAUGUAUUUCGUGAGGCCUUUGCAGCAGGGCUCUCUCUCUGCAGGAUGUGGGCUUUCAGCGAUGGUGGCGACCAUGCUCUUCAGAUUUCUCCUGGCGUGUAUGAUGAGCUUGUCUUCCAUGUGAUUAGGCUAUAGACAUAUAUUUAUUUAUGUGUCUAUUUUAUUU